UAGCUUUCGCUAACGUUAGCUAGCUAGUCUAACUGACGUGAAAGCGAGUGACCUGCUUUCUCGUCCUCUGAAUAUGCUACAGGGCUAACUAAAAGACAUUUCGUUUUUCCCGUUUCCACACACAAGCAAAAAAAGUAGUGGAGUGGUCUUGAAUAGAUCGGAAUGGAUGACGACGUGAUUUCAAAUACGAAUGAAGGCAUAUCGCAAGGGAGGAUAUAAGAGCAAAGUCCAACCGCAGAACCGGGCAGAGGAAUGAGCGUUAGAUGGGUUUGGGACACAUACGCGUUCACUUUGAGUUGGCUCGGUAGCCUGUGGCAGACCCGGGCCCAGCGGCUGUUGUGGUCACAGCGCUGCCUGCCGUCUAGGCUCUGCGUCCGAAGGCACUUGGGCCACAGCGCCGGCUCUCUGAGCUGGAGGCGGAUCCAGAGCACCGGGAGGAGCGUUGUGUGGCUGCGUCAGCGGCUGGGGCUGUGCACCAGCGGGGCCCAUGCUAGCGUCUCGUCCCCGGGCAGGUGGAGCGGUCUGAGCCUGCGCAUGUCGCGCAUCAGGAGCACGCUGGACUCCGUGUCGAAGGCCGUCAGCGGGACGCACGGCGACCUCCUCUCCAGGAUCGCGCGUCUGAAACCGGUGGCCGCCGGGAGAGGGGAGGCGGGGCCCGCGCCCGCCCAGGCGGAGGCGGCUGAGGAAGCCCCGCCCGCCGUCGCCACGGCGCCACCCCCACAGGAGGAAGAGGAUGGGCCUCUGCGCCUCGAAACGGUCGCCCAGGACGACGGGAAGCCGACGGCUCCUGUCACCGAACAGGCACCGGGCUCGUGCGAGGCGGUCGCCGCCGUGACCAAGCCCGCAACCGCGGUCGCCAAGCCGACGGCCGACCUCUUCCACCCCAGCUACCUGGCGGUGAACUUGGGCGAGACGUACACCUACCUGGCCCACCACGUCAACGCCUACUUCGGGACUGCGGCGAAGGCGGAGGAGAAGAGUCCGGGAGACCGCGGCGGCGAAGACGCCAAGCCCCCCCCGCCCGACGACCGCGUCCUCGUCCCCUCGCUCGUCUCCGACAAGGCCCCGCCCCCCGACCCGGACCCCGGCCCCGCCCCGCCCGCCCCGCCCGCCUCCCCGAAGAAGCGGAUCGGACACUACCUGCCCAACCCCGGGCCCAGCAUGCAGGCCUUCGUGGGCAGCUACAUCGCGCCCCUGGUGCCCAAGUUCCGCUCGGAGCCCAAGAGCCUGGCGCCGGAGAAGGACAGGCCUGCGGCCGGGCCGGAGGAGGUGAAGCAGGAGAGCGCCGAGAGCAAGGAGCAGCGCGAGAGCGAGGACCGGGCCAAACGCCUGCUGCUGCAGAGAGAGAAGAUCAUCGCCAGAGUGAGCGUGGAUAACCGCACGCGGGCGCUGGUCCAGGCGCUGCACAGGGCGUCCGACGUCAAGCUCUACACCAAACGCGUGGAGGACCUGAGCUACCACCUGCUGGAGUUCCCCGAGACCCGCGUCGUGGCCGUCAAGGAGAAGGUCAUCCCCUGUCUGCUGAGGCUGAGGCAGGCCGGCGACCCCUCCCUGCAGGCGGCCGUGCGGGAGGCCCUCACCCUGGUGGGCUACACCGACCCCGUCAAAGGGCGUGGCAUCCGCGUCCUGUCCAUCGACGGCGGGGGGACCAGGGGACUGGUUGCUCUCCAGACUUUGCACCGGCUGGAAGACCUGACAGGCAAACCCAUCUACCAGCUGUUCGAUUACAUCUGUGGAGUCAGCACUGGGGCCAUUUUGGCCUUCAUGCUGGGCGUGUUUCAGAUCCCGCUGCAGGAGUGUGAGGAGCUGUACAGGAAGCUGGGCUCGGACGUGUUCAAGCAGAACGUCAUCGUGGGGACGGUGAAGAUGGGCUGGAGCCACGCCUUCUACGACAGCGAGGCCUGGGAGACCCUGCUCAAGGAGCGAAUGGGCUCGGACCUCAUGGUGGAAACAGCGAGGAACGCCAAGUGUCCAAAGGUGGCAGCGGUGAGCACCAUCGUGAACAGAGGCACCCCGCUGAAGGCCUACGUGUUCAGGAACUACAACCUGCAGCCGGGCGUGCGCUCCCACUACCUGGGCAGCUGCCAGCACAAGCUGUGGCAGGCCAUCCGCGCCUCCUCGGCCGCGCCCGGCUACUUCCAGGAGUUUGUGCUGGGCAACGACCUGCACCAGGACGGGGGGCUGCUGAUUAAUAACCCCACGGCGCUGGCGGUGCACGAGUGUAAGUGUCUGUGGCCCAACACGCCGCUGCAGUGUGUGGUCUCUCUGGGGACCGGUCGCUUCGAGAGCCCCGGCAAGAACAGCACCGCCUACACCAGCCUGAAGGCCAAGCUCACCAAUGUCAUCAGCAGCGCCACCGACACUGAGGAGGUGCACACCAUGCUGGACGCACUCCUGCCCCCGGACACGUACUUCCGCUUCAACCCGCACAUGAGCGAGGAGAUCCCGAUGGACGAGAGCCGGCGGGAGCGUCUGAACGCGCUGCAGACGGAGGGGGCGCGCUACCUGGAGCGCAACGAGGAGAAGCUGCGGCGGGCGGCCGACACGCUGCUGCAGGAGAAGAGCAGCAUCCAGAGACUGGCCGAGUGGCUCCGGCUCAAAGCAGACAUGUACGACGGCCUGCCCUUCUCCAAGCUCUAACCACGCCCCCUUUACUCUAACCCCGCCCCCUUUACUCUAACCUCGCCCUUCUCACUGUAACCUUGCCCUUCUCCAAGCUCUAGCCCUGCCCCCUCUGAACUCUAGUCCCGCCCUUCCUCAAGCUCUAGCCCUGCCCCUUAACUGUGGCCCCGCCCUUCUCCAAGUUCCAGCCCCGCCCUCCUCCAAGCUCUAGGCCUGCCCUCCGAACUGUAGCCCUGCCCUUCUUCAAGCUGUAGCCCUGCCCUCUGCUCCGCCCCCUCUUCGCUCCUCCUCUAUCCCUCUACUCUCUCCCUCAAAGUUCCACACCAGGGAUCAUCUUCCAUCCAUGCGGCAUUGAACAGCAGGGAUCAGCAACUCAGUCUUCGAGGGCUGAGAACUGCUGGUUUUCCGCCCUCCCUUUACCUGGGAGUCAGGUGUGAAGACAGUCUGGCCUUUCAGAGAAGGGAGAAAAGUAAACCAGGGCCAGAUUUGGAUUGGAGAUCCAGAUAUGUUUGCUGCUCUAGAGUCUAGAACCUUCUGCAUUGGAUAAGAGAAACUGUUGUGACGUCUACCUCACUGGGAGAAAACGAGCCCUGCUGCCUAGCCAACACGAAAGGUUGUCACAAAGCUACCGAGACGUAUCACAUGGCAGCGACUUGAACUGUCCACCGAUUGCGGUCAGCGUUGUUCCGUCUGCCGUUGCUGUGAUUGGUGGAGCUCCUGAUUGCCGGGUGAUGUCACGGUUGGCCCAAGCUUGACUUUAUUAUCCCUGUGUCACCAUCGCGUCGCCUCAAAGCUCCAGACAGUAGACCCCCAUCACUAAUCACAGCCUGAUCUUCUCAAGCCCAAAGGGUCCAGACGGUAGACCCCCAUCACUAACCAGAGCCUCAUCUUCUCAAGCCCAAAGGGUCCAGACAGUAGACCCCCAUCACUAACCAGAGCCUCAUCUCCUCAAGCCCAAAGGGUCCAGACGGUAGACCCCCAUCACUAACCAGAGCCUUAUCUUCUCAAGCCCAAAGGGUCCCGACAGUAGACCCCCAUCACUAACCACAGCCUCAUCUUCUCAAGCCCAAAGGGUCCAGACAGUAGACCCCCAUCACUAAUCACAGCCUCAUCUUCUCAAGCCCGAAGGGUCCAGACAGUAGACCCCCAUCACUAACCAGAGCCUUAUCUUCUCAAGCCCAAAGGGUCCCGACAGUAGACCCCCCAUCACUAACCACAGCCUCAUCUCCUCAAGCCCAAAGGGUCCAGACAGUAGACCCCCCCCAUCACUAAGGGUCCAGAGCCUCAUCUUCUCAAGCCCGAAAGGUCCAGACAGUCAACCCCCAUCACUUAACACAAACACCACUGCGGAUUGCUCAAUCACAGGUCCACUUCCCCGGUCCACGACAUUCCCUGUGUACCGGAGGUGCCAGAUCUGCCUUGCACCGUCAACAGGGUUGCCAGACUGUGAAGGGAUUGCUCUGCCAGCAUCAGACCACUUUCGGCGAAAUUGCAUCAUCUUCAAUGGCGAUGAAUCAACAGGUUUACAAGAAAUGGUGGAUAACCCUUUAUUUGAACUGUGCACCAUAAAGCCUGCAUUACACUGUCAUAAGCGUGCCAUAACACCCGUCAUAAGCGGUCACGACACCUCACGUUACAGCUUGUCAUUGUGCUGCCAUAAUCUAUGCCCCCAUCAUUUCAUUUGAACACUUCCAAAACAAAAAAGUUUAUAUUGAAAUGUUUCGCAAACCGUCAUGCGCUAGCGCUGCUGCUAACAGCUGCUUACGCCUGCUGUUACGUCAUGUUUAUGACAUGCUUAUGACAGCAUUAUGUAGGCUUUGCGGUAUGUUGCUUCCAAACCGCUUCUAUCAUAACGAUCUCAUCCUCAAGACCGGUUUCCGUGCAGAACACCGUUCACUUCAGCGCAAUUGUUUCACGUGAAGUGUGCAGACUCGGAUGCCGGUAACGUAGACGGGAAUCUGUUGGGAAUUAACGGACUGUUAAUCAGGGUCAUCAGGCGAAGGUGAUGCACUAUUCUUCGUAAAAUGUCCGGUGUUUAGUUCAACUCUAACACAGUACAUGAUUCUUAUUCGGACCGUUUGUACUCUGAAAGAGUUAAUUUAACGCUGAAUGUUUUACUCCGUCUGUGGAGGCAAGCAUGUCCUGCCAGUCCCGUCUGUGUGACAGCGCCCCCUAGAGCACUGGAGUGUGUGCUUUUAAACGCACCCCAAGUGGAACAGUGGAGAAGGAUGUAUUCAGUACUGGAAUUUAAUUUUGACUGCCGGGUUGUGGUUUUUUUGCACUUUUCAUUGGUGAUUUACGUUUUCUUUUGCCACUCUUUUUACCAAUAAUUCCUUAGACGGUCUGUGUUUGUGAUAGUAUUGUUUCCUCAGCCCUCAUUUUUAACGGUGUUAAAGACUAAUUACAUUUUUUACCUCAGGUUUAUUUAAGUAAUUUAGAUCAAGCGCAUGGAUUGGCAUGCCAGAAAAUAUGACGAACGGAGAUGCAGAGAUGCAUCAUGAGUUGCCUCCAGUGUGCUAUCACUAGUAACUUCUGAACUGUGCUUGCUAUCAGUCAAUCUUUCUCUGUUUAGAUGGUGCAAGGGAAGCCACUAUUGCCAAACUACAUAUCUUAUGGCUUCCGAGGCAGGAUCCUGGGGGAACCCCCUGUGUGUGCCCACUUCCUCGUCAGUUGGGACAUCUGCUCGAACGAAUUUAACACUUUGAAUCGUUGGGUUUUUUGGAAGGUAUUUCCGGAACUCUUAAAGUCCCAGUGUUCAAGAACUCCCAUUGCUUUCCAUUACCCGGUAUUGAUUAUGACAUCACCUCAAGAAUGUUCGCUGAAGAGCAUUCUAUUCCCUAUUGUUGUGUCAGCAUUAGAAUGUUCAUUUAAGAACAUUGUCGUCACAUAUUUGUGUAGGUGUUGUAACACUCUUAACUUUUUCACUUAUUUUUGCUUCAGUGACCAGGUGGCCUACUUCUUAAGCAUUGAAGCCAGUUUCAGCUGUAAGGCCCGUCGAUUCAUCAAUUAAAGAUUGAUUCAUUUUCCAAGUGACAGCACAUCUGACGGCUAUCCGAUUAAAAGUCUUUGAAUGAAUACGGGGCCUUCAUUGUACUUAAAUCAUCUCAUAUUUAUUCUCAAAAAGUGUAAUUGAGAAUCAGCGACCACUGGUUAAUCUCCAAGUCGUGUAAUUAUAAGGGGAAAGCUGACAUACACAGGGGAGCCCCGAAAAUAGCACCUUGACCAAUCCUUCAUCAAAAUGAUGUAUUUUGUACAUACAGGGUAUUGCCCCUCCAUUGUAAUAAAUCAGCCACUAUAGCUAGCCGUUCGUUAUUUAACAAUUGCUUUGAAAAACAAAUAAUAAUUCUUACUGUGCAUGCGAUUUAUUCCCAGUUUUGUUUUGUAUAGCUUUAUGAAAGGAAGUGCAUUAAUAUUUGAAAUGUAUUGCAGUUAUGAUUUCUGUUAUGUGAUGGGGAAAGAGAUUUUAUGAAGAGGGAUUUUUUUUUUGGUUUAGGGGGGACUAUUUAUACGGAGUAUAGCAGCAGGUAAUUUAUUAGUGUGAUAAUGAAUGUAUUGCAUUGAACUGAAACUGGGGCGGUGGAGAAGUCCCCGCACACACACAAUGUUCUCGCAAUGUUGCUGGAACGUUUUGUCAACGUUGUAACAUUGUCGCUACACGGCAGCAACGUUGCGGGAACGUUUUGUGUUGGAUCGCUAUAAUACUGUAUACUAGCACUUGUUUUGUUUGGUUCAAAUUGUAAAAAAAAAAAAAACCUGCUUAGUUUUGAUUGCCUGUAAAUUUAUACCACUUAGAAACAAAUGUACAUGAUUUAAUUGCUUGGACUAAAUCUAAGAAUAUUCUUCUCGUCCGUACAGUGGGUACAACUGAAUGACUUGAGUGUGAUGAAUAAAUUAACAAGGCUUUUGACAAA